AUGAACAAACAGCGAAUUGGUUUUCAUUGGUUUUUUAUAAUUUGUACGAUACCGAUAGACUUAUUCAGCAUAUGGAUGAGUAGUUCAUUCGGUCUUCGAUUUGAUAUUCUCAUCGUAGCUUGGACAAACAGCAUCGGUACUACCAUGCGUCUAAUUAGUUCAUUUUUGCCACUGCAAAUCCGUUUCCCAGUUGGGAUUUUUGGACAGGCAGUGACUGCUUGUGCAUGUAGUAUUUUGGAAAUUUUGUUACAUUUUCAUGCAGAUCAAAUUUUCUUUAGUGUUGUAGCAAUAUUUUAA